AACGCCGGCUGUCAUAAACGGCCACGACAACUUGAUUUAUAUUGAAGGCAAUUGCUGGACUGAACUAGUGCACUUUUUCAAUUUCUAGGGACAUGCAUACUCAUUCUACGGAUAUCUGAAUAAUGCGCUUCGAAGUUCUCCCGUUCUUCAAAGCUUCAUGACAUACCUGGCCAUACCUCCCCGGAAUCUAGUCACACGCUAGAGGUGAUGGCCCACUCCGAGAUGGAAGCAGCGAAGGCCUAAUGCUGCGCAGUGCGGAAACAUCUUGUAGGCCAGGACCGUGACAUGGUAGGUUGGUAAUUGUUGUUAUAUGAGCUCUUAAGGUGAGAGUCCGUGGUACUUGACAGGCCCUGGUCUUGUGAACGUCUCUCCAUGACGUGUGUAACGUGAGAAAAGGAAUUCUUGUCUACUACGUUGGCAGUCGCAUGCAGUAGGCCGAGGUACAAAUCCUCGCUGACCCUCUCGAUUGCUUAAAGGACAAACAAUCAGAACGAUCAGAAAUCGGUGCUUGUAUGCACACGCCAGGCUUAGACAUUUUCACCGUCAUUCCGCCGGCUGUGGAGACAAGGGACAUCUAGUUGAUAUGUUCCGUUGUGGCGUAACGAUUGCACCUAUCCGUAUAUGUCACUACUGAACCUCUUGCGCCCGGCAUGGCCAAAGAAGUUUGUUCAUCACCAGUCAAAGAGCGCCGACAAUCGAUAUCCACCGAGGACCGCUCCGAAAGGCAUUCAUCCUGGCCGAUGUAUAACGGCCGUCCCUGCAGAGGAAUCUAAAUUAAAACCAUGGCCCACAUGUUACAGAAGCUUCAGUAUGGAGGCUUGUCGAUAGCCUCUUUGGGAGAGGGCCAGAUUCAUACCGGAUGUAUGGCUUCUCCAGCCAUUCUCACACCCGAUAGAUGGGGUCCGCUCGCAAAGUCUACUUGAGUUAGCCCGAGAGGUAUCGGAAAGAUGUGACCAUUCCCCAGUGCCUCUCCGUCUAUCUCAACACUCACAAUGCCGGGUUGUACUCAAGACACAGCGUUUGGGCCAGGAUCGACUUGUAGAGACCUUGAUUUCACUCUGAAGUUCGAACAAAUCAUUCUCUCUUUCGCUGCAGAUAUCGUGUUUCUCAUCCUCUGUGCUACUCGUCUCGUGUAUCUCUCGCGACAAGCCUCAAAACUAGAGUCACCGGGAUGGUUUCAUCUUUGUCUCAAGAUACUUAUGAUAGUCAUGACGAUCGUGUUCAACGCAACGAGUCUUCCGUUCCUCCUACGUGCCCGUAACGAUGGAGUCAUGUCUCUCUGGGUCGCUGGACCGGCGAUUCAAUUGGUUUCUGCAAUACCUCUCGGCGUUCUCGUUGUUAUAGAACACUUCCGCUCCGUCACUCCUAGCUCCGUUGUCGUCAGCUAUACUCUGAUCAAGACCAUAUUCACGUCAACUACCUUGCGGACCUAUGCGAAGAUAGACCUAUUCACGAAUGCUCGAAAUGCUGCGAUAUUUUCAACUCUUACUACAGCAUCGUAUGGUAUUCUUUUCUAUGUCGAGAUAUUAGAGAAACGAAGGUUACUGCGACAGAAGAAUCUACCCAAGGAAUCAACUUCAAGCUUCCUUACGCGUUCUGCAUACAUAUGGUUGCUCCCGUUCUUAUGGAGAGGCAGAACGAAAGUCUUGACUGUAGAUGACUGCAACGCCAUUCCGGAAGAAUUCGGUGCUUGCGCUUCAGGCUCACGCUUGCAGGAAGCUUUAGAGAAGACUCCCAAGGGAUCUUUCUUCCUGUUGCGCGCGUCGUUCAGAGCCUUUGGACCCUCCUUCCUUUCUCCGGUUAUUCCCCGUAUCAUCCUACUUCUUUCGACUUUCGCCCAGCCUUUGCUCGUUACUCAGAUGAUCAGUUUUGUCUCCGAUUCCAAUCGGUCUGCUGAGGAAGGAUGGGCCCUUGUUGGUGGCUUUGUCUGUGUGUACGGGAUAAUGGCGCUUGCUACAUCACUUUACUGGGAGAAGGUCUUCGAUUUGACGGUGUUGUAUCGAGGCGCACUUGUUCGCAACAUUUACACAAAGAGUUUAAGGUUGUCAUCAUACAGGGCCCGAUCAUUAGGUAGCGGCGUCGCUAGCACUUACAUGUCCGUGGAUGUCGAGCGGAUAUGCCAAGGUACAGAGUUCUUCCACGAGAUGUGGGCCUCUUUCCUCUCUGUCAUACUCGCAGUCAUCGUCGUAUACUCUCAGGCAACCUGGCCGGCGUUCCUACCUCUGGUGGUAACAACAUUGUUGAUCACAGCAGCGUCGCGAAUCAGCAAACACCUUGGUGCGCAACAAAGCGCUUGGCUCGCAGCAACAGACAGACGUGUUAAAUUCCUAUCUUCAAUUAUCAAUAAGUUCCUACCGAUCAAGUGGGCUAACUAUGAGGAUAUUUUGGCGCAGCGAGUAGCAGAGUUGAGAGCCAAGGAAAUGAAGGAGGCAAAUACAUUCUUUGUCUAUUUUACCGUUGUCGCGUCCUUGUCCUUGACCUCCGGCUCGCUAUGUACACUCGCUGUUCUUGGCCCUUACGCAGCGAUUGCAGGGCAUCACGGACACGGACCUCUCGACGUCAAUCACGUGUUCACAAUCGUGACAGCUGUAAACCUGCUGAACUUUCCGUUGAAUAUGCUCGGCCAAUAUUUGCCUAUUCUUGUCGCGUCGUAUGCUUCACUCAAGCGUAUCGAAAGCUUCUUGCUUCUCGAUGAGAAGAGUGACGAUGAAGAUGAGGAACUCGAGGAUGAUUCUGAUAAGGAUCCGUCUCUAAAUGAGAAAGCAAUGCAAACUCUGAAGCCUGAUGAUCACUUUACUCCUAUUAUCAUGAGCUCUGCGUCUUUCUCAUGGGAUCCCGAAGCAGACGCUUUUCUCAAGGACGUAACUGUGGAGUUUAACACGUCUCAACUGCACAUUUGCGCUGGAUCUGUCGCAUCGGGCAAAUCACUCUUGCUAUUGUCAAUUCUUGGUGAGACAGUCCUGAGGGGCGGUCGUUACGCUCGUCCUCCCAUUCGUUUCGCCUAUGCUUCUCAAGAUGCGCUCAUCGUCACCGGGACAAUACGAGACAAUAUCCUAUUUGGUACCGAGUUCGACGAGAGACGAUAUCUUAAGGUACUUGAAGCAUGUGCGUUAACCUCAGAAGUGCAAAAGUUCCGAGCGGGGGAUCAAACGAUGCUUGGGGAGAAAGGUAGUAGGUUGAGCGGCGGACAGAGACAGCGUGUGACUCUCGCUCGUGCAGUUUAUGCUAAUGCACCUUGGACCCUAUUGGAUGACCCUCUGAGUGCGCUCGAUGCUCAUACUGAGACCCGUGUUUUCUCAUCGCUCUUUGGCCCGAAUGGCUUGUUACAAGGGCGUGCGGUCAUUCUGGUAACUCACAACGUCAAACACCUUAGGUCUGCUGGACACAUCCUUGUGAUGGAAGAAGGCCGGCUACGGCACAACGGUACACUUCAGGAGAUCGUUGACGCAGGGUAUGACUUGAAAGUCAUCGAAACUAGCCAUUCGGGUGAUGAGAACUCUAAGGCGGUUGAUCAAACCUUCGAGGACAAAUCAGCAGAGGAGAAGUCUUCAACCGAGGAGAGUGUGAUCUCGAAAACCUCUCUUGGCUUCAGACCCUACAUCUUCUAUGCACAGAUGGCUACUUGGAAGCAGGCCGUUAUGGGUUUGCUUCUCGUCGCACUGACUGGUGUCAUGAAACUUGGUCUACAGGUCUACCUCAAAGAGUGGUCUACAACGAAUGAUGCGCAUGCCGAUGCUUGGAUUGGCGGUUAUGCUGGAUUCAACUUUGUUUGGGUUGUUACAAAUAUCAUUGCGAUCUGGCAGUUUACCUGCAUCAUGGCGAAUACUACUGGGAAGACCGUUCAUAGCGCCGAAGUCAAGUCACUGUUUGCUGCGCUGCCGACAUAUUUUAUGUCUACGCCUGCUGGUACAAUUAUCAACCGCUUGUCCCAGGAUGUGUUCCUUAUGGACUACGAAUUUACACUGGCUUUGAUCAACUGGACUCUGCAACUCGUCACUCUGCUCGGGAUGCUUGUCUUUAUCUUUGUCGCCACGCCAUGGUUAACAUUGUCUGUCAUACCGCUUGGUCUGCUGUACUACGGAACACUUGUCUUCUACACUGCAACCUCUACACAGCUUCAGCAUCUACAAAUCGCAAGCAAGUCUCCUUUGUAUACGCUCUUUUCCUCCACAAUGACUGGGCUUGAGACGAUCCGUGCAUAUGGCGCUGAAGUGUACUUCUGGAAGCAGAAUGAUAUGUACCUAGAUCGAAGCCAGAAACCAUUCUAUCUUAGAUUUGCUGGCAUGAGAUUCCUGAGAACAGUCCUCUCUCUGAUUUCCUUUGUUGUGGCUGUUGGACUUGCUAUUCUCUCUGUAGCUUUGAGGCACUCCACUGAUCCCUCACUUCUGGGUCUGGGAUUAUCUAACUUAACCAACCUGGCUCUUCAGCUAUCUCUUCUUCUUAUGACAUUUGCCAAUCUUGAGAAUGGUUCAGUUGCUGUCUCUAGGAUUCAUGAAGUGGUUUCUUUGCCUCCUGAAGAUACUUCAACAUCAACAAAAGUCUCCUUGUCAGUUCCAACAAAUUGGCCCUCAACUGGAGAGAUCAAAUUUGAGAAUGUCCAAUUGCAAUACAAGCCUGAUCUUUCACCUGUUCUGCAUGAUAUUUCUUUCCAUGUUAAAGCUGGACAGAGGGUUGGAAUUUGUGGACAGUCAGGUUCUGGAAAGAGCAGUCUUAUACUUGCUCUUUUCCAUGGUCUUCAAACUCCUUUGAUUUCUGGCAAGAUCACAAUUGAUGGACUUGAGGCAAGCUCAACCUCUCUGAGAGCAUGGCGGCAGGCAAUGAGUCUGGUUGUACAGGAUGCCUUUCUCUGGCAUGCAUCUCUGAGAGACAAUUUGGAUCCAGAGAGACAGCUAUCUGAUGUAGACAUUUGGAGUGCUCUUGAGCAUGUGGGUAUGAAGGAUGCAGUGACAACACUUCCAGACAAGCUGGACACUGUUAUUGAGGAUGGUGGUUCAUUGUCCAAAGGCCAGAAACAACUACUUUGUCUUGCCAGAGUUCUCCUGCACAAGAGGAAAAUUGUGGUUCUUGAUGAAGCCAGCAGCAGUCUUGAUGUGAAGACGGAUGAGAAGAUGCAUGAGGUCAUCAAUACGGAGUUAGCUGGCUGCACGAUUCUUGCUGUUGCUCACCGCAUUGCAACUAUUAUUGACUACGACUGGAUCCUAGUUAUGCACGAAGGUAUCAUCGUGGAAAGCGGGACCCCACAGGAAUUGUUGGGCCUUCCAGCGUCGAAGUUCGCCGCACUUGCGUCCAACCAGGGACUGAUCAGCACGAGUCAGGUAUGAUCAUUGACGAAAUCCGAGAACGUGUAGAAUUAGUGUGAAUAUUAGAGUAAGCUGUUCGAGAGCCAUCGCCUGUAUUAGCCUUCUCGGUCGUGGACACAUUGGCGCUAACUUGAAAGCUGCGCUUGUUCGCUUUGACCAUGAUGGCGCAUCGCCCAACCCAACCCAGUUUGUUUUUGUACUACAACCUACUUUCUUUUCCUCGCUACAACUCUUCCUCAAUAACCACGAAUUAACAUCUUCAUGAAACGU